GCGCAUUAUUUUCCAGCAACCCCCUCAAAAAACACCCACCAAAAGACAAUCCCGACAGCUUUCGAUGAUGGCCGCAGAAAAACGCGCGCGCGCCGAAUCGGGCGAUUUCGGUUCUUCGCAGAUGGUGGUGUCCAAGAGGCCCAACCUAGGAGGAGAGAGCAAGGCUGUGGCUAGAGUCAAUGGAUCUGGCGGGAAUGGGGCACUCAUUCAAGCGGUAUGCUAGCCUAGCAAAUACAUAGUACUCAAGCUGAAUGCUAAGCUUCAUUGAAAGGCGCUGGACUGAUCAAAAUGGGAAUAGGGACCAAGAACGACUGCGCUUCAAGCUCCGGUGAUGGAAUUGAGUGGCCAUACGGGCGAGGUCUUUUGCGCAAAGUUCGACCCCAAUGGGAAUUAUAUUGCUUCAGGAUCUAUGGACAGAACGAUUUGUAGGCUUUUAUUCACUCGACGACCAUGAGAAUGGAUUCUAAUAGCAAUAGUGCUUUGGCGAACCUUUGGCGCAUGCGAAAACUACGGUGUCUUGACAGGUCACAAGGGCGCGGUACUAGAUUUACAUUGGUCGCGAGACUCGAGGGUAUUAUUUUCAGCAUCAGCGGAUAUGCACCUGGCUAGCUGGGACUUGGAAAGUGGAACGAGAAUAAGAAGGCAUGUAGGCCACGAGGAAGUUAUCAACACCAUGGAUAUCAGCAAGCGUGGAGAGGAACUUUUGAUCAGUGGUUCGGAUGAUGGAUAUAUUGGAAUUUGGGAUCCUCGGACGAAAGCUGCCGUUGAUUUUCUGGAGUCGGAAUUCCCAGUCACAGCAGUGGCCCUGGCUGAAGCUGGAAACGAGAUAUAUUCAGGCGGGAUUGACAACGAUAUUAAAGUAUGGGAUGUGAGGAAAAAGGCAGUGGUAUAUUCCAUGCUGGGACACACCGAUACCGUCACAUCUUUACGAGUCUCGCCUGAUUCACAAUCACUGCUUUCCAACUCCAUGGACUCUACAGUUCGAACAUGGGAUAUUCGACCUUUUGCGCCAACCGAAAGACGUAUUCGAACGUUUGAUGGAGCCCCAUCCGGAAUGGAAAAGAAUCUCAUUAAAGCCAGCUGGGAUCAUGACGGAAAGAAGAUUGCGGCUGGUGCUGGAGACGGAACUGCAGUUGUUUGGAAUAGUCAGACGGGCAAGAUGCUAUACAAAUUGCCGGGGCACAGGGGGACUGUCAAUUGUGCAGAACUCUCUCCAUCAUCGGAUCCGAUUAGUAAGUAUUUCCGGUCUGGCCCUUGGAGUUUCGGCUAACACACUCCAGUUCUUACCGGUUCCUCUGACCGAAAUCUAUUGCUGGGGGAGCUCAAGUGAUAGCCUUCUUUUGUGAUGAUUAUUUUACUUCCUCCGCGAAUCAAGCUUGAGAAGUUAGAGAGGACCAGGGUAAUGUGCAUAUUUCCCAGUAUCUUACUCCCAAUAGACGGAGUGAAGGGCGGAAGUAAAGUAAAGGCGUUUACAUCGGAAUCUCUUGCAAGUAACCAGAGUUACUUUCUCCUUCUAAUCAAAAGAAGUCCACCGAGAUAUCCCACAAUAACACAGGUACUCUUACUUCCGAGCCGGGGACUUAUUACUUGUACUUAAG